AUGAGUCCGUUCCUCCCUCGUGAACCUCACCUUGACGACCCGUUGAGCAACGCGAUGACACACAUUUGCGAACCGGACCACAGUCCAAUCUCCUGCUCGGCGACCAACCUUCCCUCUCCAACCUCCAAUCGCCGCGUCAUUGUGACAGCCCUGCAUCCAGACAACAGCGCCAGAUUCAUCAGAAAGGUUAUGGAGAUGAUAGACACCACUGUUCGCACUCAGUCCAACACUGCGGACGAUGUGUCAGGGGAAAUCACGAGGCCCCAAUGGGCGGAAUGGCGAAGCGAAGAUUCACAAGCCUCAGAUCCGUCAACGACUGUGAGUGAAGUCGAUCUCAGCACAAGUACAAGCUCAACGGCAGUCGAAAGCGCAAGCCCAACACUAUCACCAUCAUCCACCUUGCCUCUGCUGGCGACAUCUCUGUCUAUGACCACGGUUCUCACAUCGUCGCCAUUGUCAUCACCCAGCUUUACUGUGACUUACAGUGGUUCACCAACAUCCAGCGAUUCAACCGCAUCCUCUGCCGUCAACAACCUCGUCUCACCGCCGUCCUCUGCCUACACCACGGGCAUUUACAUUGCGCUGGGAAUAUUCUUAUUCUUUGGCAUCUUGUGCGCUUUGGUCACCAGUCCUGCCAUUGCGAAUGCUGUCAAAGGAUUGUUUAGGCGGGGAGGGAGAGCAACAGAACAGUGA